GGCAGGUGAGAGGGAAAGCCUUCCAAACAGACCAAGAGACAGAGCGUGGGUUUGUUUAGACAAAGGAAAAAGCCUUGUAUGUGCUGGAGGUGGAGAGAAAUUCUGGCCCGUCAGCUAUUCUGGGUCCUUCUUGUUUUCACUGUUUUGUGAAAGGAGACGUAAAAAGGAAGGAAGGGGGGAGAGCGAGAGAGAAAACGACAGAGGGGAGGUGAUAGAGACGUUGACAGUCCGAGCGUCUCGGAGACGUGUCACUUAUUGACAGAGGCGGCUGAGAAGAGUUCAGGUGACGCUUCCCCACCGAUCAUUCUCCGUCUCUCUGCUCCCGGGAGAAGAGAACAGACAACAUGGUUCGGUGGUUCCACAGGGACAUCACAGGCCUGCAGGCCGAAGAAGUGCUGAAGACCCGGGGCAUUCACGGCAGCUUUCUGGCUCGACCCAGCAAGAAGAACGUAGGAGAUUUCUCCCUCUCCGUCAGGGUGGACGAUAUAGUGACGCACAUCCGGAUCCAAAACACGGGCGACUUCUACGACCUGUAUGGCGGAGAGAAGUUCGCCACCCUGUCGGAGCUGGUGGACUACUACACGGCGGAGAGCGGCAUCCUGCAGGACAAGGACGGCACCACCAUCGAUCUCAAAUACCCCCUCAACUGCUCCGACCCCACCACAGAGAGGUGGUACCACGGUCACCUGUCUGGCCCAAAUGCAGAGAGGCUGCUCAGUGCACGAGAUGAGCCGGGGACCUUCCUGGUCAGAGAGUCGCUGUCCAAACCUGGAGACUUUGUCCUGUCCGUGCAGACGGACGAGAGGAGCAAAACGGGGGGGAAACGGGUCUCCCACAUUAAGAUCAUGUGCCAGAACGACAGGUACACGGUGGGGGGCACGGAGAUGUUCGACACGCUCACAGACCUGGUGGAGUACUACAAACGGAAGGGCAUCGAGGAGCUGUCCGGGAACUGGGUGCAUCUCAAACAGCCGUAUUACUCCACCAGAGUGAACGCAGCAGAUAUCGACAGCAGAGUGAAGGAGCUGAAUCAGACCACACAGCAGCAGCAGGAGGGCCAGGCCGAGGAGAGCAAAGCCGGAUUCUGGGAGGAGUUUGACGCUCUGCAGAAGCUGCAGGCAAAGGUGAAGAAGAGCAGAGAGGAAGGACAAAGACCUGAGAACAAAAGCAAAAACAGAUAUAAGAACAUUCUCCCCUUCGACGACACCAGGGUCGUGCUGCAGGACGCGGAUCCCAGCGUUGUGGGCUCAGAUUACAUCAACGGCAACUAUGUGAAGAACAACCUGUGGGAGUCGGGAGAUCAGAAAGUUUACAUCGCCAGUCAGGGCUGCUUAGCGUCGACCGUCAACGAUUUCUGGCAGAUGGUAUGGCAGGAGAACACACGCGUGAUCGUCAUGACAACCAGAGAGGUCGAGAAAGGACGGAAUAAAUGUGUCCCGUACUGGCCGGACCUUCAAACCAGCAAGGAGAUGGGGCGCUUCCUGGUGACCUUCGAGUCGGAGAGAGAAGCUACUGAUUACAAAGUCCGAGUUAUGGAGAUCGCUCUCUUGGACAAGCCCAAAAAAUCUCGUCAAGUGUGGCACUACCAGUACCUCAGCUGGCCUGACCACGGCGUUCCUGAGGAGCCGGGCGGCGUCCUCAGCUUCGUCACUCAAGUCAACUGUAAACAGGCGGAAUAUCCCAAUGCUGGGCCUAUAGUCAUCCACUGCAGUGCUGGAAUCGGUCGGACGGGCACAAUCCUGGUGAUCGACAUGAUCAUCGAGACCAUCGACACUCUGGGUCUGGACUGUGACAUCGACAUCCCAAAGUACAUCCAGAUGGUGCGGGAGCAGCGCUCGGGGAUGGUGCAGACAGAGACGCAGUACAAGUUCAUCUACCUGGCUGUGUCUGAGUACAUCCAGAGCACCAAGACCACGGAGAGCGCCUGUAUGGACACCGAGCCGGAAUACGGAAAUCUGCAGCUCAAACACCAGCCAGUGACCAGGAAGGUCUCAAAAAAAACGGACGAGGUUUACGAGAAUCUGUCAAAAGGAAAGAAGGACGUGAAGAAGCCGAAGUCGGACAAGAAAAGUGGCUCGUUGAGAAAGAAAUAGGAGAGACUGAGAGGUUUUAACCAAAAUGUGCCCUGUGAUUAUAUUUAUGUUAAAGAAUUUGUUUUUCAGUGAAGAUCUUAUACAAAAUACAUGUUUAUGGUUUAAAAGCAGAGAUAGGUCAUUGACAUCUCACAAGGCACAUGGAUGCUUGGUUGUUAAAAAAUAAAGGCGGAGCAUGUGUGAACACUCUUUAUUUUAUUUUUAGUAAAGAGCUUUAGUUGCUCUUUAUUAUAGCUUUUUUGGCAACAGAUGUUAAGACUUCAUUACUUUGAAUAAAUAAAACCAUUUUUUGAAUUGAA